ACUUUUCGAUCAUUCGUGCGAGAAAAUUUUCAGAAACAGAUAAUAGAAAGUGAUUGUGAGAUGGGAAGAGAAAAAGAUUGGUCUUUGCUACCUUGAUGAUGCUCUGAUGGUGAUCACAACAUGAUAACAUGAUUUCGUCAUGAGAAAGGUUUUUCACAUUUCUUUUGUUUGGUCAGAUUCAGAGAGAAAAUGGAUGAUAGCUGUGCUGUCUGUGCUGACACACUUGAGUGGGUUGCAUAUGGGCCAUGUGGCCAUCGGGAAGUCUGCUCCACUUGUAUCAUUCGUCUACGCUUCAUCUGCGAUGAUUGCCGAUGCUGCCUUUGCAAGUCUGAAUGGAAAACCAUCUUUAUAACCAAAGCUAUGGGAGAUUAUACGAAGGUGAUAAAUGACCUCUCAGCUUUUGCAGCUGAUCCAAUUGAGGGCCAAGUUGGGCCUUACUGGUAUCAUGAAGGAACACAAGCAUACAUUGAUGAUCUGGAUCACUACAAGAUGAUAAAAGCCAUGUGCAGGCUAUCCUGUACUGUUUGCGAUAAGAAGGAUGAACAGUGGAAUGGUGGGUCUAAGAGGAGAGCAGAGCUCAAGAACAUGGAGCAGCUUAAGAGUCACUUGCUCAACCGGCAUAGGCUGCUUAUGUGCAGUCUGUGUUUGGAAGGUAGGAAGGUCUUUAUGUGUGAGCAAAAGUUAUAUACAAGAGCACAACUAGCUCAGCAUAUAGAGACAGGUGACUCAGAGGUUGAUGGCAGUGAAAGUGAAAGGGGAGGAUUUAUGGGACAUCCUAUGUGUGAAUUCUGUCAAAAUCCAUUCUAUGGGGAGAAUGAACUCUAUUUGCAUAUGUCUACUGAACAUUAUACUUGCCACAUAUGCCAAAGGCGGCAUCCAGGACAAUAUGAAUACUAUAGAAAUUAUGAUGACAUGGAGAUCCAUUUUCGUCAAGAGCAUCAUUUAUGUGAGGAUGAGGCUUGUCUUGCCAAAAAAUUUAUUGUGUUUGCAUCUGAAUCUGAACUGAAGAGGCACAAUGCUGUUGAACAUGGUGGGCGCAUGUCUCGGUCAAAGCGUAAUGCUGCACUACAGAUACCAAUCAGCUUCCAGUACCGGCGGAGUUAUGAACAAGAUCAUCGUGUAAGGAGACAUGGUUCACAGUCUGAUUUAUUCGAUAGUCAACUGUCAUUGGCAAUGCAAGCUAGUCUAGCGACAGCGAAUGCUGAAAGUUUUCAUUAUACUUCGACAAGUGGCGAAGUGGUUGUCAAUAACCAAGAGACUAAUGGAAUUGCCUCUAUUGUUGGCCCUUUUGAGGCAUUAGCUACAUUGGACUCUGAGCCAUCUUCAAGAUGUUGCCAAGCAUUAGGAAACUCUAGGAAUGGACCUCUUGACGAUUCAUCCUUUCCUCCCCUUACUGCAGCAUCAAAUAGUAGUCAACAAAAACUUAGAAAUGGUUCAGAAGGAUCAGCUAGAAGCAGCAUGGCUGCUUGCUUACGUCGCCGAAACAAUGGGACUUUAACUGUUCCUAAUACUGCUCAGGCUUGGCCUGCGGCAAGUCUUCAACCUAAGAUGUCAGCUACUGGUUCUCACCAGUCCAGGCCUGCGAUAAAUUUCUCACGUUUAUCAAGGAAUUCAUCUAGUUCUUCCAAAAGUAAGCACUCUAGGAUUAAGGAAUCUUUGCCAUCUGGUCAUGUAAGCUCUGCACAGGGGACUUUUUUGGGACUUACAGCUAAUUUUUCUAGCUUGUCCAGGAGUUCGGUUGGCACCAGAAAGGUGAGCCACUCUGCCGCUGAGCCUCCAAAUAUUGUAGACAGAGGCUUUUUUGUUAACUCCCUUUCUAAUUUUCCUUCAGUUUCUUCUGCUAAUGCUCCUAAGAAUGCACCCACGAGUAGCCAGCCUUCACCUAAAGUGGAAGAUGCUCAAUCUGCUAACAAGGCUUUAGUGGAAAAGAUCCGUGCUUCUUUCGAAUUUGAUAAGGACAAAUACUCUGCAUUCAAAGGAAUAACUGCUGAAUAUCGCCAGGGUAUUAUUAACGCUGAGGAGUAUCUUGCCUACGUGCAUCAGUUUGGUUUGUCACAUCUUGUUCUUGAGAUAGCUGGGCUGUGCCCCAAUGUUCAGAAACAGAGAGAACUUGAGGAGGCAUACAAUUUUAACAUGAGAAGAAGCCGUUCCCACAAAACUGGUCCAAGCAAUGAUGGUGGUCAAUCAAAAAACAUAAAAACGUCAAAGAAAGGAAAAGAAAAGUGUGGAGAAGUUGGCAUUAGUGGUCUAAAACAUGCUUUGGCAAAUGGUGCUUAUGAUGGGGCGAAAGUUUUGCUAUUAAACCAGAAGCCUUAUGUGGAAGAAGCAGAAGUCUUGCGGAACGAUGGACGUCAUGCUGCCAAAGGCAAAUUUAAGGUUUUCGCUGAUGAAGAGGCUAACUCACAUUUCCCCAGUUAUUCUCAAACGCAGCUGGGGAGUAACAAUGGUUCUCAGCCAGCUGGUGGUAGCUCGAAUAAAAAUCUGCCAUCUGGAGGAGGGGGAAAUAAGCCAGGGAAAAAGGCCUCCAAGUUCCUUAGAAACCGCCUUGGUGAUGCUUCAGCUGCACAACGUCCAGAUGUUGGAGAUUCUGAUCCUGGUCCUGAUCAGAUUGAGGAAAAAGCUGAUGAAAAUAGGGAACCACCUGAAGGAUUGCCGGUUUGUGGUGUAUGGCGAAAUGGUGGAGGGCGGAGACUCAUGGCAAUGAACCAAGGAAAAUGAUACAGUCAGUAGAAGCUUGCUCGUUUGUGAUCAUUGCCUCCCCAGCAGCUUUUCUUCAAGAUGUUAAUGGAAUUGUGGUGAUGGCUUGGUAGGUGUGCAUGCCCUCAUUUUGUUCCACAAAAUCCAACACAAUUUUGUAUCAAGUUGAUGAAAGUUGGGGAGAUGUUACAAAAAUUUGCCCUUUUCGACUUUGUCUGCCUCUUAAAUCGCCGAGUUACAGUAUUUGGAUUA